CCCCACUUAGAGUUCUCGAUAAUGCAUUUCGAGUCAUCCACAAUCCAGCACCGAAAAAUAAACCACUAUAAAAAAACACCCCCACUGCAUUGAUAUGAUGCAUCGAACAAAGAAAAAAUAUAUCGGAGAUAUGGAAGCGUCACGAGUAAGGUGUUAUUCUUGCGUAGUUGUUGUCUUUGUUCUUGUAGGUAUCUUUACCUCAAACGGAGCAAAUGCAGCCGGGGAAUGCCCGAAAUCGACCCCCGACAUGGAAGCCAUGAAGCUGAUUCCGUGCGCGUCGGCGGUGCAGGACUCUAGUGCCGCCGUUUCGGGCGGGUGUUGUGCUCAGGUGAAGAAGAUCGGACAGAAUCCGAGAUGCUUGUGCGCAGUUUUGCUGUCUAAUAUGGCGAAGGCAGCCGGAGUCAAACCCGAAAUCGCCAUCACGAUUCCCAAACGUUGUAACCUUAGCGACAGGCCCAUCGGCUACAAGUGUGGAGCUUAUACAUUGCCAUGAAAAAGGUUGGAGGGCAGAAAUUUGAUGGUGGUGUUGUUUUAGUGUAAUUGUGUGUGUGUGUGUGUGUUUGGUUUAAAGUAGUAGCAUAUAUAUCUGUGUGUGCUACAGAUGAUGUGUAUCCAAAUUCCAAGGCCAUUUUGGGGUUUGUUCUGCUAUAAAUAAAUUGUGUUGGACUUUUCUUUGCAUUAGUA